CGUGCCCGGGACGCCUCAAAUUGGAACACACGACCAUCAACAUUUCCACAAGUUCUUAAUUUUACGAUGCAAGAAUGUCUCACAACGCUCGCCCCCUUACCUCCGCCCGUGUCCUGCACAAAAUCAAGGCUCUAAGCACCCCGCAAACCAGCACUGAAUACGUGAUCAACCGGAAUCCCCGUAACUUGGAAAGAUUACGCAUUGCUUACAAGCCGGGCGGCUAUCAUCUAGAGAAACCCGGUCGAUCCUACUGGCACACUUUGGAGAUCAACUCCACUGGCCGCUACGUUAGUGCCGAUGUCAAGCACUUCGAGAAUGGCACCAUCCUGAGUGCCAGCACCUCGGAAUGGGCCAUUAAACAGCAGCUGUACAAGACCAACGACACCUCCGCGUUUGUAAACCUCGGGAGAGUGCUCGCACACCGCUGCCUGCAGUCUGGGAUCACGGAAAUGACCUGCAACGUGGAGGCGGUACCGGGUAGCAAGCUGCAGAAGCUGCUCCAAACCCUUCAGGAUAAUGGUGUGUCCUUCAAGGAACCCUCUCGCCUGCCCAACGCCCAGCCCUGGGAUGCCCAGAGGCAUGAGAAGCCCUGGGAAGUGUCGGAAGAGGCGCUGGAAACCACCAAAUCAAAAUAGCCAACAGAAACCACAUUUAGUUUUCGUAUCGUUUAGAAUAAACGUUGAUUAUUAUUGCUAAUUACAAC